CUUCCCCCCGUGAUGGCGGAGGACAGCGAGUCCGCCGCCAGCCAGCAGAGCCUCGAGCUGGACGACCAGGACACCUGCGGCAUCGACGGCGACAAUGAAGAGGAGACGGAGCACUCCAAAGGAAGUCCUGGAGGAGACUUGGGAGCGAAAAAGAAGAAAAAGAAACAGAAGCGAAAAAAGGAAAAGCCCAAUUCCGGAGGUACCAAAUCAGACUCUGCAUCUGACUCCCAGGAGAUUAAAAUUCAGCAACCUUCAAAAAAUCCAGCCAUUCCAAUGCAGAAACUGCAAGAUAUUCAGAGAGCCAUGGAGCUCCUCUCAGCAUGUCAGGGCCCAGCAAAGAACAUUGACGAGGCGAGCAAACGUAAAUACCAGUUUUGGGAUACACAGCCUGUACCCAAGCUUAGUGAAGUUAUUACAUCUCACGGCGCAAUUGAGCCCGAUAAGGACAACAUCCGCAUAGAGCCAUAUUCUUUGCCACAGGGUUUCACAUGGGACACUUUGGACCUGAGCAACGCCGAAGUCCUCAAGGAGUUGUACAUGCUGCUAAAUGAAAACUAUGUAGAAGAUGAUGAUAAUAUGUUUAGAUUUGACUAUUCACCAGAGUUUCUCUUGUGGGCUCUGCGGCCUCCAGGCUGGCUUCCGCAAUGGCAUUGUGGUGUCAGAGUAUCAUCCAAUAGAAAAUUGGUAGGGUUCAUAAGCGCCAUUCCUGCACACAUACGGAUUUAUGAGAGUGAAAAGAAAAUGGUAGAAAUUAAUUUUCUGUGUGUCCAUAAAAAACUGAGAUCUAAGCGAGUCGCACCGGUCCUGAUUCGCGAAAUAACCAGGAGAGUAAACUUGGAAGGGAUCUUUCAGGCAGUUUACACUGCAGGAGUGGUACUUCCCAAACCUGUAGCAACUUGCAGGUAUUGGCAUCGAUCCUUGAAUCCCAGAAAAUUGGUAGAGGUGAAAUUUUCUCAUUUGAGUAGGAAUAUGACUUUACAGAGAACGAUGAAGCUUUACAGACUUCCUGAUGCCACAAAGACUUCAGGUUUGAGACCAAUGGAACGAAAAGACAUUAAAGCGGUGCAAGAAUUAAUCAACAAUUACUUGAAGCAGUUUAACCUCGCUCCUGUUAUGGACGAAGAAGAAGUGUCCCACUGGUUCCUGCCUCAGGAUCACAUUAUUGAUACCUUUGUUGUAGAGAGUUCAAAUGGUGUUUUAACCGACUUUCUGAGUUUCUACACGUUACCUUCGACGGUCAUGCACCAUCCUGUUCACAAAAGCCUCAAAGCAGCCUACUCCUUCUACAAUGUUCAUACGGAAACCCCUCUCUUGGAUCUCAUGAACGAUGCACUCAUUAUAGCAAAGCUGAAAGGAUUUGAUGUGUUCAAUGCACUAGACUUGAUGGAAAACAAAACAUUCCUGGAAAAACUGAAGUUUGGCAUCGGAGACGGCAACUUGCAGUAUUACUUGUAUAACUGGAGGUGUCCUGGCAUGGACUCUGAAAAGGUCGGUCUUGUAUUACAAUAAUGAGGAAGGACACUUGUAUUUAUAGUUCUCGGAAGUAAUCAUCUGGGCUGAUGGAAGCUCUUGGAUCGGUCCCGUUCCAAGAGGAGAGAAGCACAAAGGCUGGUGAACUUUAAAAUAAUCCUUUGAACCUUGGGGCCAUGCGGAGGGGGCGUGACAGACCCAUGCCUGACCAAUCCUUCAGCUCAGCUCGGACCAGAGAGAAAAACCUUUUACUGUUUUGUCGAUGAAACGAAAUAAAAGCACAUUUCUUUUAAUUUCCAACGCUUAGCUCGCAUCUUGAUGGAAAAGGGUUCUCUCCUUUUUUUUUCCUUCCCCUCCCCUGCGUGAAAGACUGUUUUUUGUACAACCAACUCGAUUGCAGUGGUGGAAUAGAGUACAAAUUCUUUACUGUUAAUGUGACUGAACUGCUGCAUUUCUAUUUAUUAAGUGGUAGUGUACAUUUAUCAAUGUAACAAAAUGAAGGAGCCGAUUUUGAGUGUUUCUGCUUAUUUUCCAUCACGUGGAUGUCAUCGCCGGAAGGAGGAAAUUCUUGGGGAGUAUUAUGACUGUCUGUUAGGAAACAUGGAAAACCUUGGAUGUAUUUUGUAACUGUGGAGUGGUACGGGAAAUGCACUGGCCUUGACUAGUGCAUUUGUUUCUCCAUAAGCAAUGCUGCCAAAUCAAUAAAAUAAAAAAAUUACAGAUUUGUACUUCGA